AUGUCUGAAAAUCGGCGACAACAUCUUUUUGAUUCAAAUGUAUUCCUAACGCUCGAUUUAUUGUGGGCAAAAGAAGAAGUGGAUCCCUACUAUAAGGCAAGGAAAAUAAAUGGCGAGUUUUAUCGAAAUUAUGAAGAACAGAGACAAAAUCCCGAUAAAUUCUACGACUACACCAGAAUGAGUGUAGAAACUUUUGACUAUAUUCUAGAAACUAUCAAGAGUGAUUUACAGUCUGGAAUUAAUCCAAAAAGUUUUAGAGGUAUAUCUCCAGCAGAAAAAUUAUACAUAACGCUUGGGUUUUUGGCGAGUGGGCAGCCUUUCAAAAGACUGUCAUUGUCAUUCAGAAUGGGAAAAACAACGGUAGCCAACAUAGUUUAUGGCACUUGUAAAGCUAUAUGGAAAAAUUUGGUACAUUUACAUAUGCCAAAACCGACAGAAGAAUUAUUGAAAAAUAUAGCGGAAAAAUACUAUGAAAAAUGGCAAUUUCCUAAUUGCGUUGGUGCUAUUGAUGGCAAGCACUGUCGAAUAAAAAAUCCUAAGUUCGCUGGAUCAUCGCAUUAUAAUUAUAAACAUUUCUUUUCGAUGCACUUGCAAGCGGUCGCGGAUGCUGACAAAAGAUUCGUUUGUAUAGAAGUUGGAGGAAGAGGGAAACAAAGUGAUGCAGGGACAUUCCAUUACUCUAAUUUGAACCGUUUACUUCAAAGUAAUAACUACAAUAUACCAGGUCCACAAUAUCUACCCACAUCAGAUAUCGUUCUACCAAUGGUUUUUAUUGGAGAUGAAGGAUAUCCACUCAAAACAUAUUUGAUGCGACCUUAUCCACAAAGCGUACUUAAUGCACAAAGUGAGUUAUUUAAUAAGCGAUUAUCGCGGGCUCGAAAGACUAUUGAGUGUGCUUUCGGAAUUUUAAGAUCCAAGUGGCAUAUUUUCAGAUCGCCCAUAGAGACAAACAAAUGUCAUGCAAGAUUACUCAUCAAAACUUGCUGUUUGUUGCAUAACAUUAUCCGAGAUAAGGACGGUGAUAAUGACAUUGCCUAUAUUACUGUCAAUACGAAUCAACAAACAUUACAAACACGAUUACAAACCAACGCCCGGACGUCUUAUCAAGCACAAUAUAUACGUGAAAAAUUCAAAGAAUAUUUUGUAAAUAAUCCCAUUAGCUACUAAUUAAUUUGUAAACCAUAAUAAACAUUGUAUAUAACAUAAUAAAUAAUUUUUAUAUUCACCUACCUUCAAUAUUCA